AUGGCCAUGGCAAAACCCCGUUCGGAGAUGACGCAGGAAGAGCUGCAGGAGCAAGAAGAAAGGGAAUUCACCGUUGGCCCGCUCUCCGUCCUCACGAAUUCCGUGAAGAACAACUCGCAGGUGCUCAUCAACUGCCGAAACAACAAGAAGCUGCUUGGCCGUGUGAAGGCGUUUGAUCGUCACUGCAACAUGGUACUGGAGAACGUGAAGGAGAUGUGGACCGAAUUGCCGAAAAGCGGAAAGGGAAAGAAGAAGGCCAAGCCCGUCGCCCGAGAUCGCUUCAUCUCCAAGAUGUUCCUCCGUGGCGAUUCGGUGAUUCUGGUGUUGAAGAACCCGCUGGCCCAAUCCGAG